AUGGCAAACCCCCGCGUCAUCUUCAUCGUCGUCCUUCUGCUCUUUCUGCUCUUCUCGCCAGAUCCGCAGCAGCCAUCACUAGACCAGCGGUUCGAACUCGACCAGAUCCUCGGCAGAGAGCGCGCCGCGCUCGCCGUGCUCAGCAGCUCGCACUACGGAGACUUCGACGCUUUGAACGGGACGCGCAACCUUAAUCUUACGGGCUUGCGGAGCGAAUAUGGCUAUGCGUGGGAGCUGUUGGACAAGGUCAAGGAGAGAGCGAGAGAGCAGGUGGCGAGCGUGCUUGGAGAUGCGGGCUUGGGCAUUUUGAAUGGAACUGCGGAGGAAGAGUUACCACUCUAUCGCAAUAUCACUGGAUAUGUUGGAGGCAAGUGGGCGCGGUCGAAGGUCGCAGAGGGCCUGUUGGCGCCUCAGCUCAACUUGUCUGCUGUCACGCCGGAAGGCAUGUACGUGACUCAAGAGUACAACAGGAAUCUUACUGGGCUCGAGGGCAAGGUCAGGCUGAAGUUUAGGGAGAAAGAAAGGACUGUAAAAGCAUCGAACGAUUCGAUCAAAGACGUCAGCGCUACCUUGACACUAUGGGACGACGAAUCGUACGGCGACUGGUGGGAAGUAGCACUCCAUGGCGUGCACUUUCGAGACCUUGGCGGGAUGCUCUUAGCAACCACGAGCGACAAGUUUUCUGGCAUUUUUGCCCUGCCACAUUUCGCACUUUCCAACCACACCUACGCGCAAUCUCAGCUAGUGCUCAACGAGACGCUCCGCGAAACUAUUCACAAGCAAGCUACUAGUCUGAACGCCAACACGAACCCCUGGUCCUCCUCACAGCAAGGGGCUGGCGAAGGACUUUUCUCAGUUCCCCACUGUGAAUACAUUGUAUGGCUCCAACAGCAUCCGUUACCUUUCCGCUCCCAAAACAAAGUCGUGGGAGAACAGGAUCCGUAUCACCUAGAGACGCUAGAGCAUGAGCUGCGGUUCCCAACCGGCCAUCCGUUCCUCAAGGCGCCGCCGAUGACCAUGUCCAUGGUAGCCUUUUCGCCUGACUGUGGCUUCGUCAUCGAGUCGAAGGGCCCUCCGGACUAUGCACCUCAGGAAGGACUCCAUCUACAAGGUCCGAAGCUUGAAUCGCUGAUCAAGAUGGGCAGGAGACACAUCCUGUUCUUCGCAUGCUUGUUGGGUGGGCAGAUUAUGCUCCUCGUGCGACAAAUGAAAGAAGCAUCGACGCCCUCGACUCGCAGCCGCAUCAGCUUCUAUACAGUUGCCAUACAGGCGAUGGGGGACGGCUUCGUGCAGCUCGCUUUUGUAAGCGUGCCAUUGUUCGCCGAGGCGACUUCUUUGACUAUGUUGGCUACAGCUUUCUUUGCUUUCCUAUCUGUAACGUUUUUCGGAAUGAGGUUCCUCAUGGAUAUUUGGACCGUGCAGUCAACAGAACGCCGAAGACAAGAAAGACAACAAGCCACAUCAGCCCGCUCGAACGCCGCCACCCCUCCGAACGGCCAAUCCAACGUCCAGACAGCACCAGCACCAACAUCAGCGCCCAUCAUCACAUCUGCAGGCGCCGACACGCUGCCCCUGCCAGUCACCGCCGCGCGAGCCGUAAGCUCCGGCGCCACGCCCAUCAUCCUCCCCUCCGACCAAGACGAGCUUGACACAACCGACACCAACCCCACGAACAACGACACAGGCGGCAACCCGACGCGCCGCGAGCUCGGCGCCCUCUACACGCGUUUCUACCUGAUCCUCUUCGGGACGGUGAUCCUCUCCGUGCACGCAACCUCGUGGCCAAUCCCGCUGCGCUCCGCGUACACGAACCUCAUGUCUUUCCUCUACUUCUCCUUCUGGGUGCCCCAGAUCUACAGGAACGUCAUGCGCAACUGCCGCAAGGCGCUGCGGUGGGAGUUUGUGGUGGGCCAGAGCGUGCUGCGGCUACUUCCCUUCGCGUAUUUCUACGGCGUGCGGGAUAACGUGCUCUUCGUCGAGAACGAUCGGUACGCGCUGCUGGGAUUGCUGGGUUGGGUGUGGUUGCAGGUCCUCGCGCUCGUGAGCCAGGAGCUGCUGGGCCCGAGAUUCUUCGUUAGGGAGGGCUGGGCGCCGCCGGCUUAUGAUUACCAUCCUGUCCUGCGCGAGGAUGAGGAGGGCGCAAGCUUGCCGAUUGGGUUUGCGCAGCCGGGGGAUGAGGAGCCGGGAAGUCCGUCUGCGGCGAGCAAGCCGGGGGAGUCGAGGGACAAGGGGAAGAGGGUGUAUGACUGCGCUAUUUGCAUGCACACGAUUGAGGUGCCGGUCGUGCCUGCUGGUGGCGGUGCUGCGGACGGGGCGGCGGGGAUGGGGGCUGGCUUGCUUGCGAGGAGGGCGUAUAUGGUCACGCCGUGUAGGCAUAUCUUUCAUAGUCCGUGUUUGGAGGGCUGGAUGCGGUAUCGGCUGCAGUGUCCGAUCUGUAGAGAGAUUUUGCCGCCACUUUAA